AUUUGUGUUCUUAUGAUACAACUUGAUUGAAGCUGCAACAAACAACUUCGCAGAUAGUAAUAGACUAGGUGAAGGUGGAUUUGGAGUAGUUUACAAGUGGCUAGAUGUCUUCAGAAUAUGUUAUGCGUGGACAGUUCUCAGUGGAAUCAAAUGUGUAUAGUUUUGGUGUUUUAGUUCUGGAGAUUUUAAGUGGCAAGAAGAAUAGUAACUUUUGUCAAACAGAAGGAACUGGAGACCUACUUAGCUAUGCUUGGAAACUCUGGAAUGAUGGGAGACCAUUGGAGCUGUUGGACCUGACUCUUGGAGAUUCAUCAUAUUCAAGAAAUGAAGUCAUUAGGUGCAUCCAAAUUGGUUUGCUGUGCGUCCAGGAAGAUCCUGGUGAGAGGCCAACAAUGGCAACCAUUGUUCUCAUGCUCAGCAGUUCUUCAGUCACGUUACCUCUACCAAAGAAGCCUGCAUUUUUCCUCCAUAGCAGAACAGAGCCAGCAAAGGUGCUUGAAUCAUUGAGUCAGUCAAUGCAAUACUCUAUAAAUGAAGUAUCAAUUACUGAAAUUGACCCUCGGUAAAACUUGACAUACUACAACUUACAUAUUUUCUGUUAAUUCAGAAAGCCAAAAAUACUUGGAGGGUUUACCUGCAAAAGUAUGUAAAGUUCAGGAAUGACUUCAUGGUUUUUGAUUCAAAUUAAAAUCAACUUACAUGUAGUAUAAUUAAUAGAACAUUUAAUUUAGU